AGAGCCGAAGAUGUCGGCUCGGUCAUGUGAUCAGCUGUGUCCAAUCACAGCUGAUCACAUGGGACAUGUACACUGAUCAUCAGGGCACUAAUGAUCAGUGUGCCCUGAUGAUCAGUGUGGCCCCAGAAGUACCACCUGUCAGUGCUCAUCAGUGCCAAGUGCCAGUGCCCAUCAGUGCCACAUCAAUGCCACUUAUCAGUGCAUACCAGUGCACAUCAAUGCCACAUAUCAAUGCCCAGCUGAGCUGCCUUUCAAUGUCACCCAUCAGUGCCACCUAUCAAUGCCAAUCAGUGCCACCUAUCAGUGCCAGUCAGUGUCGCCUAUCAGUGCGCAUCAGUGCCAGUCAGUGCCGCCUAUCAGUGCCAGUCAGUGCUGCCUAUCAGUGCUGCCUAUCAGUGCCAUAUAUCAGUGUCAUGUAUCAG